AUGUUUCAUUACCUGUUUUCGAAUAUAUAUUUUAAAUCACUUUGGACACGGACACUACUCAACAUGAAAUUUCUACUAAUCUGCCUACUUGCCGCGUAUUGCUACGCCGAUGACUCUAGUGAAUCAUUACUAUCAAAAAUUGAAGAUCAUCAAAUGACACUUCGCGUUUGGGAAGAAGAUAACUCCCGGUUAUUGUCGACUCUCAUCGAAGAACAAAAGAAAUACGACAAUGCCAAGAAAAACGAAGUUGUAUUGUUACAAACUGUCGAUUAUUUGGUUAGAACUAACAUGGAAAUUUUAGAAAACGUUUUAAUGCGACUAAAGGAGAUACAAUUUACCAUAACUGAGGAUAAGAACCCGGAAAAUGAUGUUAUGGUAAACGAAAAAUAUAGUUUGAUUAGUAAAUUCGGAACAGACUCCGAUACACGUACAGUUGAUUGGAUAAACAAUAUCAUGAAGGAAAAAAAUGGGAUGAACUAG